UCAAUAAGUUUCUAAGUCUUAUUUGGAACAAAAAAGUAUCGAUUAGAACGCAACAAGUGUACUUUAGCCACAAUGUAAUAUUUAUUAUUAUUAACCUCGUAUACGAUAUGCAUACGUUAUAUCGCUUCCUUUAAAUUUCAACAAAUAAAUUCUCCAUAGGAUGAGGCCUCGCUUAGCAUAAAACCUACAGAGUGAAUCAACUUUGUUUCUCUAUGAGUAAAAUUACAAGUUUUAUAAUGCAGUUUGUUCUAGUCUUAAAACUAAAAAAAGCUUAUUUCCUUGUUUUAAAACUUCUUCGGCAUCUUCUUUAACACAAAUUGAAGAUUGGUAGUGUAAAUAUGGGUACGCUUGGUAUAGUUUGCUGGUCGAUGACACAAAAAAGAUGUCAACCAACGCGUUUCGUGUAUAAAUAAAAGAAGAACCGGGGAAUGAGCAACACUUAAGGCCAAGAACUUGGCCGUUAAAUAUAUGGUUUACAGUUAAAAGAAAAGUUACUAUUUUUGUGGGUUAAUUUGAUGUAUCUUGGAUUUUAAACUUGAACGCACGGGUGACCGGACUACGAGAAUACAAAAAUGUAUUGGAUUUUUGGCCUUAUAUCGGCAGCCCUUCUACUUCAACAUGGAGAAGCCAGUUCUGGUAGAGUGGUAUGCUACUGGGGCACGUGGGCCAUCUACAGACCGGGACUUGGAAGUUACUCGAUAAACGAUAUCGCUGUCGACUUGUGCACUCACGUUAUCUACUCCUUUAUUGGUGUCAACGAUGAAAGUUGGGACGUACUAGUUCUAGAUCAAGAGUACGAUAUCGAACAAAGAGGCUUCAAAAACUUCACCGACCUAAAAAAGCAUCACCCCAAUGUCAAAUUUCAAGUAGCCCUUGGUGGCUGGGCUGAAGGUGGUGAGAAAUACUCGGCAAUGGUAGCCCAUAAGUCCCGCAGAGACUCAUUUAUAAAAAGCGCGGUAAGAUUCAUGGGCGAAUACGGAUUCGACGGUUUCGAUUUGGACUGGGAAUAUCCAGGAGCUUCGGAUCGUGGCGGCAAGUUUUCCGACAAGGACGUUUUCCUUUAUUUCGUUCAAGAAUUGAGAAGGGCUUUUGAUAGAGAGGGCAAAGGAUGGGAAAUUACCAUGGCAGUACCCGUCGCUAAGUUCCGAUUGGACGAAGGUUACCACGUACCAGAAUUAUGCGAAAUUCUGGAUGCAAUUCAUGCAAUGACGUAUGAUUUAAGAGGAAAUUGGGCAGGAUUUGCUGAUACUCAUAGCCCACUUUAUAAGAGACCGCACGACCAAUGGGCUUAUGAAAAAUUGAAUGUUAAUGAUGGUUUACUUCUCUGGGUAAACUAUGGUUGUUCACCUAAAAAACUUAUAGUAGGAAUACCAUUUUACGGAAGAAGUUUCACUUUGAGCAAGGGCAAUACCAACUACAAUUUGGGCACCUACAUUGAUAAGGAAGCUGGUGGUGGAGCACCUGGACCUUAUACAAACGCCACUGGAAUGCUUGCUUAUUAUGAGAUAUGUGAAGUUGUUGAUGAAAAAGAAAGCUCUUGGACGAAAAAAUGGGAUGAAGGCGGUAUGGUACCGUACGCAUAUAAAGAAACUCAAUGGGUAGGAUAUGAGGACCCCAGAAGUGUUCAAAUCAAAAUGGACUUUAUCAAAUCCAGAGGUUACGGAGGUGCAAUGACUUGGUCUAUAGACACGGACGAUUUUCAAGGACUGUGCGGUCCCAAAAAUGUUUUACUGCAUAUUUUACACGCCAACAUGAAAAAUUAUUCGGUACCAGAACCCACUCUCACCACUACAGCUAGACCUGAAUGGGCAAGACCUCCAAGUACUCAAUCAGCUGAUGGAGAAGUUACACAAUCAACCACUCAAAAAACUACAACCACAAAAAGAGCUACUACCACAAAAAGCAGAACUACUACCACAAAACGGUCGACCACUAAAAUACCUAAUUUUAAUGAAGAUCCGUCGGAAAAUCCAAAUGAAAUUGAUUACCCGAAAAACUGUAAAGGAGAUUUUAUGCCCCAUCCAGACUGUUCAAAGUAUUAUCGAUGUGACCACGGCAAACCAACUGAAUUUAGCUGUCAAGACGGUUUAGUUUAUCACACAGUCAGCCAUAUUUGUAACUGGCCCCAAAACGCCGAUCGUGACGAAUGUCGCAAGGAAUUGUAGACUGAUAAUAUUUAAGAUUUAAUAAAAUUUUGUAUUUUUUUUUAAACUCA